AUGCCUUUGAAGACGUUUGACACUUCCCAAGCACAGCCAGUGGUUGCACAACCAUUGACCCCUGAGAAUUUUGCUCCGUACGGCGGUGUGAUCAGUGCAGACCACCAAAUAAAGAAUGCCAAAUCCUCAGCUGCAAACUAUGGAACUGCCACCAAGAUACAUAAAGUGGCUCCUAUAGUCAACAAUUACGCCAGCUGUGCAAGUGGCAAGAGUGCUAGUGCUAACUGGAACAUCUUUCGUUGUUCAGCUCCAAAGCAUUUAAUCACCAGUACUAAUUCCCAAAAUAAAGUUUAUACCUCGAAAGUGCUUGAAAGACACCCAUUUUCAACCCAAACUUUUGUACCCAUGGGUCAGAACUCUCAUUUGAGGUCGUACAUUGUGAUUGUGGCCAAGACGGAUGAAAGCUCUGCCAAUAAGUUACCGGAUCCUACCCUGGUGAAGGCCUUCAUUUGCAAAGGUAACCAAUCAAUAACCUACGGGGCGGGGAUUUGGCACGCUCCAAUGGUGGUUAUUGAUGAGCAGGUAGCCCAUAUUGAUUUUGCAGUGUUUAUUCACGAAAAUGGCGUUGCUGAUGAAGACUGUCAAGAAUGCUAUUUUGAUCCUGGCUACGCCGUUCAAUACGAACAUUCCGAGUUGGGUCUUAGUAAAUUAUAA